AUGACUGAGUUCCUUCUCCUGGGAUUUUCUACUUCUCCAGAGAGGCAGUUUUUACUCUUUGUUGCAGUGUUAGCCAUUUAUCUGGUUACUGUGAUGGGAAACCUCCUCAUUAUCCUUGUAACAUUGGUGGAUCCAACCCUUCAUACCUCCAUGUACUUUUUCCUCUCUAAUUUGUCUGCCUUAGAGGUUGGUUACACCUCGGUCACUGUCCCAAAAAUGCUGGUGAGCCUCAUCUCAGGGGACAAACGCAUUUCCUUUACCAGCUGUGCCGUGCAAAUGUUCUUCUUCCUUUGCUUUGGGAUCACAGAAUCUUCUUUUCUGGCCACUAUGGCAUAUGACCGCUACGUGGCAAUAUGCAACCCCCUGUGUUAUCCCAUGAUUAUGAACAAGAAGGUGUGUGUCCUGCUGGCAGCCACUUCCUGGACUAUCGGCAUCCCGGCCCAGGUAGUGCAGACAAGUUUGGUGUUCACCUUACCCUUCUGUAGCUCCAAAAAGAUCAACCAUUUCUUCUGUGACUCAGCCCCUCUGCUGUUGCUGGCCUGUGCUGACACCUCCAUGAAUGAAACCUUGACUUACAUGGUGUUGGAAAAUCAAACCACUGUGACCGAGUUUAUUCUCUUGGGAUUUUCAAGUGAUCCGCAGCUCCAGAUUUUCCUUUUUGUGGUGUUUUUAAUCAUUUACCUUAUUACCCUGGUGGGGAACAUGCUGAUCAUGCUAGUGAUAAGGGCUGAUUCUCAUCUCCACACCCCCAUGUAUUUCUUUCUAAGUAAUUUAUCCUUCCUUGAUAUCUGUUUUUCCACGGUCACAGUGCCUAAGAUGCUGGAGAGCUUCCUAGCAAAAUGGAAAACCAUUUCUGUUGGUGGCUGCAUUGUCCAGCUCUUCUUCUUUCUCUUGUCAGGCUGUGCUGAAGUUUUCAUGCUCUCAGCGAUGGCUUAUGACCGAUUUGCUGCCAUAUGCCACCCACUGCAUUACUUGGUAACUAUGAAGAAGCAGGUGUGCAUUCUCCUUGUGGGUGGUGCAUGGACAAUGGGCUUCUUAUAUUCCUUGGUGAACACUCUUCCCAUGAUAAAGUUACACUUCUGUGGACCUACUGAGAUCAAUCAUUUCAGUUGUGAGCUGCCUCCACUUCUACUGCUCUCCUGCACUGAGACUUUCACCAACAAGGUGGUGCUUCUUUCUUCUGCUGUGUUAUUUGGCUUGAGCUCGUUCCUCCUCACUCUGAUAUCCUACAUUCACAUCAUCUCCACUAUCCUGAAAAUGCACUCUGUGGAAGGCCGGUAUAAAGCUUUUUCAACCUGCAGCUCCCACCUUAUUGUAGUGGGUUUGUUCUACUCAGCAGCCUUUUUUCGGUACAUGAAGCCUACCUCAAAGACUUCAUCAGAUCUGGAAAGACUGGUCUCCAUCCAGUACAGCAUCUUAACCCCCAUGUUAAACCCUGUCAUCUACACACUGAAAAACAAGGAGGUGAAAACAGCUGCAUGGAAACUUUUAGGGUAA